AUGUGGCUUAUAUCUUUUGUAGUGCUAUCUAUAUCGUUCUUCUUUUUGCCAGUUUCCUGCUUUUCGGGUCUUUAUGACAUAGAUGAAGUCAGGAGCACAUUAUAUGAACCUGAUAUCUUUUCUGUUUUGGCUGGGAUCGAUCCGGCAUUCAAUUUGAGUACAGUAUCUCUACAGAAUAAGAACACUAUCUUGGAAAAAAUCUUAGCAGAUCUGCCGACGGCUGGUGACAAAGAGUACGUUUUCAUCAAAAGCAAAAAUGGUCAGAAUUUUGCAUGCAAAAUGCCAAAAGUCCAAAUUCCUGAGAAGGUACAGUCGGAGAGCUACAAUCCUAAAUACUUGGCUGAGUUGGUUUCGGCGAGCUUCUACGUGAAGAACUGUAUUAGUAAGGAUAAUGGAUGGUGGAAUUACAAACUUUGCAGAGGCAAAGAUGUUAAGCAGUGGCACGGAGCAAAGAAUGAAGCUCAACAAAUCACCAAUUCUCUUGGUUUCUUUCUUGGAAAAUACGACGUCCCAACGUAUCAGACCUCGACUCCUGAAAGAUUAAUGUAUCUCGAAGAACACUACGAAGGUGGAACCUUAUGCGAUCUUCCAGAUAAAAAGUCGCCGAGGAGAACGGCGGUUAGGUAUGAAUGCGAUCCUCAAUUAUCAACCAGUGAGGCGUAUAUUGAGCAUGUGGAAGAAGCAGCAUCAUGUGAAUAUCUUAUCACUGUCAAAGUCGGUUCGCUGUGCAGUUUAAAAGCCUUCAUGCCUCCAAAUGGUGAGUUAAGCCGAACAAAAUUGUGUGUCAACCAUUUGUAUCCAAGGAAGCGAAUUGAAAAGUUCUUGGAAGAUACUAUCCGAAAACGCGCCGCAAAAAAGGAAGCUGCAGAACGCGCUGUUAAACUCUUGGACAUUCUUCGACGGAUACAGCGUCGACGUGCUGCCAUGCGGCGAACAGAACUUCUCAGAGAUUCGUCAGUGGAGAGAUCAGCCUUGCGUUCUUAUAUUGACUAUGAGUAUCAGAACGCUUCUCUGGAAUACAUACGGACCACUUUACAGGGUCGGCUAGGUGAUGUUCCUCCCGAAGGUACAGGCGACGUGGUCGAUACAUUGACGCGUGAAAUUGACGAUAUUGACGAAGUAUUUUAUAAUUUUGAUUACCUGAGUGAACGUGACCAAGACGCCGGUAAUCUCUGGUUUUAUUUUCAUGAUAGGACGUGGAAUAAAACCCAUUUUCCGAAAUCUCUGGAUUACGUUGACAUUAUGAACGGGUACUAUAAUGCUGCUGCAAAAUUAGUGAAGAGCCACCCCGACCUGGCGUUGGCAAUGCGGCUUUUUAAAUUUAUUCGCGGAGACCCUUGGAAUCCAAAGGAAAACUUGCUGCUGCAUGCUGCAGUCCUACAAGAUGUUCCAUUAUUCGUGGCUCCAAAUGGUGAUGAUUCACUUGAUGAGGAGAUGGCUAGAAAUAUUGGUUCUGGUAACGGCUUGUUUGGAUUCAGAGCGUCUUCUGUUGUAAAUGCUUUCAUGACGCAAAUUCGAGUUGAUUUCGCUAAUGGGAUAGAGUUGGUUCUACCGGAAGCCAGCAAAGAGGACGCAAUAGGAACCCAGCUAGUCCCUGCUUAUAAGUAUCUACAGUUGCAUUUUCUGGAAAAUAGAGCCUCCAUUCCGGAGGAUAUACGAAGAAAUAUUGAAAGUGAUAUGACAAGGAUGCUUGAUCGGCUAUGCAUUGCUUACGAGUUGUCUCAAAUAAGAUACGACAUUGAACAUCCUGGUCACAAACUAAGUUUCGCUGGUAUUGGAGUGGGAAAAAGAGCUAACAUUUUGUUCGAUGACUAUUACCAAUCGAUAAUUAGAAAGAGAUCUGAACAAAUGCAGGCUGACAUUGACAAUCGGCUUCGAAAGGUUAUGACUGAUCUUUUGGAACAGUAUAGCCAACAGGUAUUUCACGAGCAGUGGUUCACUAUGUCUGAGAUGUUGUUGUACAAAAAACGCGAAGAGGAUGCUCUCAAGCAUGGCAAGAACUCGCGCGAUCUCUUGAAGAGCAUGUUUGUCGAUGGUAAAAUUGUGCUGACCAACUCCGACUUCAAAGAAGUGAUGCAUCUUCUUAAUGCUGCUGGUUUGCAAGUGGAAGAUGUGAAAAUGGAAGUGAUCACCACGAAUGCUUUGGGUGGACCCCCACAAAAGUUCACAUCUGAGGAAAUGCGCCUUUUACAAGAGGUAAUCAAGCGGCAAAUGGAGGAUUUGCGAGAGAUGAAGCGUAUUACGCAGCGAGAGCAAGCUUAUGGUAGCCUUAUGGCUAAUAAAGAGAAGCUGCGUCCGUUCGAAGCUCUUGAGGAGGACUAUUAUAUGGGUGAUGAGGCACGAGGUGGAAUUGGGCGGGACAGUGAAGAGGAACUGAGCUCUGAUGACGAGCUACAGCAGGAGUUGUGCAAGUUGGCUGGCAUUAAGAAGGAAUGUGUUCAGAAACGUCGUCAGGAAAAAUCAAUAAAAUCAGAAUUCGAAAUGGAUAUGGAAUGCGAGCUGGAUCAGUUGAUCACGGAUUACGCUAAUGAGCAUCUUAGCGGUAAUGUGAAGCGAUCAGGAGCACCGGCAACUAGUCAAUCUGAUGAAAAUGCUGAACAACCUAUUCCAACAAAGAGAGUGAAACUGGAACGGGGAGCUGUCGCGAAGACGCUGCCCAAGAUCGAAGAAAUGGAAACAGAUACAGUAUAUCCCAGCAGUUCUCUGGAUGAUAGUUCGCCAGCAGUCAAUAUUGACAAAGCGGUGGACAAGUCAUCAGUAAAGAGUGAACCAUCUGAAAUGGACGCAAAAGUGGGAGAGGAUUGCACAGAUCAAACCAUUCAAGAGGAUGUUGAGGACGGCAAUCCGAUUAAGAAAGCAGCACGGCAAACGAUGAAGGACGUGAAGGCGGAAGCCCCAGAUUUCUACGAUCCAGAAGAAGACGAACAAAAUGAGAAAUGGAUGCAACAGCGGCGUAAACGAACCACGGGCAUCAGUAGUGCAUCAAAGACAGAGAAAGAAGCAAGGCCACGCAUCGACGGCAACUCCGAUGCUGUCCUGUCUUGCCCAGGAUGUAUGGUGCUGCUAACGAGAGAUUGUCAGAGGCACGAGAUUUACAAUGAUCAGUACAGAGCAAUGUUCGUUGAGAAUUGUCGGGUCGAUCAGGCGAGUCUAAAAAUCGAGAAAACUGGUAAAGAGAAACGUCGAGAACGUCAGAGAUUGCGAAAGAUGGGACUGGAUCCCACCGAACAAGCAAUGUUCGUUGAGAAUUGUCGGGUCGAUCAGGCGAGUCUAAAAAUCGAGAAAACUGGUAAAGAGAAACGUCGAGAACGUCAGAGAUUGCGAAAGAUGGGACUGGAUCCCACCGAACAGUCGGACUCCUCUGAGGACAUUUUUCUGCCAGUACAUUGUGCUGUAUGUUCGACGAACGUCGCUGUGAUGGAUCAUGAUGAAGUUUAUCACUUUUUCAAUGUGCUCACGGGUUAUGCAUAA